GUGACUUGACUGAUGCCAAAACAAAGGAUGGAUUUGGGUCUAAUCAGGUUGAGGUGGAGUGGCAAACUUACCAGACAAUUCUAAAAAGAUCUAAGGUCAUGGAAAAGACAAAAUGGAUAGAUAUAAAAGGAAAUCAUGAUACAUUCAACAUUCCUAGCCUGGAGAGUGUUCAUAAUUACUACAGGAAAUAUUCUGUGUGGCAGAAAGAUGGCUCCUUUCAUUACGUUCAUAGAACACCUUUUGGAAAAUAUUCUUUCACCUGUGUGGAUGCAAGUCUUGAUCCAGGUCCCAAGAUACCCUACAAUUUCUUUGGGAUAUUAAAUGCGAAUAAAAUGGCAGAGUUGUCUGAACUGAUCUCAGAAAGUCAUGAUAGUAACCAUACCAUUUUGUUUGGUCAUUUCCCUACCUCAUCAAUCAUCUCUGUAUCUCCAGGAAUACGAGCAGCCAUGCGUUUUGCCUUAGUUUAUUUGUGUGGGCAUUUCCAUACAUUGGGUGGCCUGAUGCCUGUCCUUCAUACUCGUCAUCCUGAUGGAACUUUAGAACUGGAGUUGGGAGACUGGAAGCAUACUAGGAAGUAUCGGAUUCUUGCUUUUGAUCAUGAUCUCUUCAGUUUUGCUGACCUGAAAUUUGAAGAAUGGCCUGUAAUUCUUAUCACCAAUCCUAAAUCAUACCUUUAUAGUAGCUAUGCUCACGAGCCGCUACAGAGAAUUCUUCAUUCUACCCAUAUUAGAAUUUUGGCCUUCUCUCCUUCUCCUAUCAAGUUUGUCAAGAUCAUGAUUGAUGACAUUUAUCUUGGAGAUGCUAUUCAGGUGUCUGGACCUCUCUAUGUCUUGAAAUGGUCCCCCCAAAAUUACAGUCAAGGAUUUCAUCAGAUAGCUGUGACUGUCAAGGAUGCCAGUGGUAGAAGUGCCACUCAGCUUCAUACAUUUGCUAUGCAGGAAAAUCUUUCUCUUAAAUUUGGUCUUUUGGCAUCUUGGCUUCUUCUUAAUGAUCAUUAUAUAUUG